UAGGGUUUAGAGUAGGGAGGUAGAGAUAUCAAGGUAUACAGGUAUACACACAGGCUUGGGCGGUUCAAGACCAGUUUCAUGCCAGGCACUACAGGCAUAAACCAAAACAAUACAAGGAUACACUCUACAGUUCAUGUACAUUACUGUACAGGCUUUUAUGUACAGGAAACCUGAAAUACUGGAAUACACUUUGUUAAAACUAAAAGGUUGAAGGAUGGGAGCCAAAAGAGAAGGACGGAGUUGGUUAGUUUGGCUGGGAGUCGGAGCAGGACCAAUCCUAUCCGCAGUUACAAUCCUACUUUACGUUAUCAUCCUGGAUAUAGAUAUACCUUCCGUUAAACCUAGACCUAGCCUGGAGAAUGCUGCAGCAGCUAUUGUAUAUUUCGAUCAUUCUGGAAACAUUCUGGCCAGCAUAUUCCUAGCAUUUGUUCUUCUACAAGAGGAGUACAACCUUCUUGCAUUCUGGUUGGUGUGGUGUUGUGUACAUGUUCUGGCUGUUAUCAUCCUUAUAAUUCUCUCAGUGUACACUGUACUGCCGUACAUACCCGGUAGAAUUGUACUACACGCUGGAUCUCUUCUGAUUGCUGUAGUAGCAUCUUACAUCAUGCUGACCGUGUACAGGAAUGGUGGGCUAGAAGGAGGGAUACUUGGUAGCGGAGGGAGACGAGAAGAUGAUUCAGACUGGAGGACGGGUUUACAGAAACCUCCUCCGGGUCCAAGGAAACCAGCGCUAAAGGGAGAAACUAAUUUCAUCUCAGGAGAAACCAAUUUUCUCUAAACCUUCCGCAUCCGCGUAUUGCGGUUGCUCCACACCUCUAAACCUUCCGUAACCGUAUUACGGGCGCUUUCCACCUCUAGACCUUCUGUAUCCGUAUUGCGGGCGCUCGGCAUCUCUAAUUCAAUACGGUUUGUUCGGAGGGUUUAGUUUUGAGUUUAUCGCGAGUUAGGGUUGGUGAAUUAAUUAUUGUACGUUUGACAUUAUAUCGCGACAUGACUCCUCCACCUUAGAUCAUAAUAGGGUCAUCUUCCAUCGGCUGUUAUCAGUCCUAACUAUACUUCCUUAUCACAGUGACCUCCUAACUGCACUUCCACCCGACACAUCAUAUCCUAACUGUACUUCCUUAUCAUAGUGACCUCCUAACUGUACUUCCACCCGACACAUCAUGUCCUAACUGUACUUCCUUAUUAUAGUGACCUCCUAACUGCACUUCCAACCGACACAUCAUGUCACUCCUAACUGCACUUCCUAAUUUAAAGAUAAUUAACGUUUUAGCUGCACAACGUUCCCGUGGAGAGGUUUCCGUUUUCUGUCUCUCACAUGUCUUGACUUCACAUCCCCAGUGGUUCGCGUCCUAACUACUCUACCU